AUAAAAUAGAAGUUCUUUUGAUUCUUGCAACUCCAUAGCAAAAGAAGAAAUAGGCUCCAGCAAAAACGCCUCAAUGACUUGGUGUUUGUCAAGUAUAACAGGGCACUAAAAUGUCGAUAUGAUAUGCGAGAUACAAUUGAUCCCAUUUCUUUGACAAAUGUUGAUGAAAGCAAUGAGUUGUUGCGUGGGAGGAUGGAUGGAGAAUCUGAUGAAGACAAUGAGCUGGAGUUUGGUGAUGAUAGUUUAAUGUGGGCUGAUGUUGCUAGAGCUUCUGGAGUGGGAGAGCGUUCCAAUGUAAAUAGAGCUACAACGUCAAGAGCACGAGCAAGGAGUGCCACAUCCAAUCCAAUUCAUUUGGUAGAUGAAGAAGAGGCGGGUUCCAAAGAGACGGAAGAAGAGGAAGAUGACGAGGGAUACAAAUCCGUUGGUGAAGAAGAAGAAGAUGACGACGAUUUACUUGGUGUUGAUACGGACGAUGAUUAGUAAACUAAAUCCUCCUUAGGAUGAUUGAAGUGCAACUAGGAUGAGUACUUGGAUGUUUGUCUUUUAUUGAUUUUGACGCUUUAGUUUUUCUCCAUGCAAGAUCGGUGGCUAUUUGACAUUUCAUGAAUAUUUUUAUGUAUCUUUUGGAUG